CUUUACCUUGUGCAGUGUGUUUUCGUGUGUCUGUAUGUAUGUCAGUGUGGGAGAGAAAGAGAGAGGGCGUGCGCGUAUGAAUUUAUUCAUGAGAAACCGUCUAACCUAAAUUAUUUUGCACUAAAUAAUAUUUAAGGCAGCUUUGCUAAAACCACAGGAAAACAGCCCACUCCUGGUGAAAUCAAGACUGUCACCAUGGUUGCCACAAGCACAUUAAAGACCAAAAGCAGCGAAUGCAUCUCGGAUUUGCUUGAGCGAAGAUAUGACCAGGCUUGCAUUGAGAAAGAACUGGAUUUCUGGGAUCACUGCUUGGCUGAGCCCCAGAGGAGUGCAGAUGUCACUGAAGACAGAACUUGUCAACAGCUGGCCAAGAUGUUUGAGAACUGCCUGUCACGAGCCAAGAAGACAACGCUGCACUGCUCCUCUGUACUGGUACCCGAGAAGCUCACGCGGAGGAUAGCUCGGGAAGUGCUGCGGCUGGCGUCUUGCGAGCCCUGCGGCCUGCGUGGCUGUGUCCUCUACGUCCACCUGGAGCUGGACAAGGGCUGCAAGCGGCUGGAGCGCAUCGUGUACGACGCCAGUGUGGUGCCCACAUUUGAGCUGACACUUGUGUUCAAGCAGGAUGGCACCGCCUGGCCCAGCCUGCGGGACUUCCUUUUUAUGGGAACCUGCUUCGCCCCGACUUUCAGACAAGUACUUAAACUGAGUCCAGGUUUCCGACUUGUAAAGAAAAAACUGUACUCCUCCUCGGCUGGUACCGUGGUAGAGGAGUGCUGAACUUUGGGAGGGAUUAGUGGGAUAUCUGGUUUCCUGUGGGUAAACGCACUUCUGCCCAAAUGUAAAUGACACUUGACUGGUGUCACAUUUUCUACAGUGUUUUUGUAAUACAGUUUGUCAGUUCAUCUAAUAGCAGCCAGUCAGUUCCUGAGUGACUCUGUUUGAGACUUGGGAUAUAAAAGUUGAAAGCUUAUGCAUAAAUGAGCCUGAUAGUUCUGGUUUGGCUUCUGUGUUUCUAAAAGUGCAUUUUUUUUAUCAGCAAAAUUGUAAUAUUCUGGAUGUUUUUUUUGUUUGUUUUCUAACGAGAGCAUUUGUUGUUCAAACACUUUUAAAUUGUACAUUUUUGCAAAUGAAUGUAAAACUAUGUUCAUGUUUGAGAGGGACAUGCAUACCGUGGGUACACCUUUGUGUACACUUUGUCACUAGCCACUUUGUUGAUGCAUCUGCGUGUUUCCAGAUACAUUGAAUGUGUUCAGCAACAGUAAACACACCUAGGCUUGAAUAAGAGACUGAAAUUUAGGCAGUCUUUGGGGGCCAUAUGUAGCUAGUUGUGUUAUGCUGUAUUUAGGGCUGCGGAUAUUUAAGCCACUGAAUGUCUUGUGUAGAUGCUGCUGUCAUGGUGUGGGUCUCUCACACUGAGGGAAUAUGGAUGCCUUAAAUGUCAUAGUAAUUUUUUUUUUUUUUUUUUUUCCCCCACUCAGAUCACAGCUAUGUGUACGUUUUAGUGUCAAUGUUUUUUAUUGCAUUUUUAUUUUUAUACCCCUCACCCCCAGACGCGCAUUGUCAGUGCAGAGCCUUUAUAGAUUAAUAAAAGGAUGGAUCACUCAAAUGUGAAAGCUUAUAUCUGUUUUUAUGUCAUUUGAUAACCGGGAGGUGCAAAGAAAUUACUGGAGGUCCAGCAAGUAAUGUUGUUUUUGGUGAAUUCCCUACAGUUUGCAAACUUUUUUUUUUUUUUAUGCCAUUUGAACUCUAUUGAAAGAAACUUGUUCUUGUCUAUCAGACAAUAAAAUACUUCAACCUUA